CCUAUAUAUAAAUAUCACAUGAUUUGAGCACAGUCCCAAAUCAGAACUACAGCCAUUCUAUCUACACUAGAGCUAGCAAUCAACCUAGGUAAAUUCUUCAUUUUAUGUUACAUGCAUAAAUCUAUAGUCUCUGUAUGUAUGUAUCUCUUAUGCAAAUAAUGUUAACAAAAUGCUCUUUAUUUGCUGAUUUGCUGGAUAUAGUUUAAAAAAAAGAGUUGUUUAUGGUAUUUUAUGAAAGCAGUAGUAUUUCAGAGGAACAAUACUGUAUAUCUCUCCAAAAGGGCUUUAAGCAUGUUAUCACUCCUAAUACUGCUGCUGAAUCUUACCAAUCAUGCCUUUGGAGAAAAUCCUGCAAUAAAGGCCAUAUUGACAAAUAAAGGACUUCAAUAUGGUAAGAAAAUGCUAUUUCCUCAAUUAUUUUGAGUUAAAAUACCAAACCAGAGAAAGUGCAUUACAACAACUACUUUAUUCUUGUAUCCUCCAGGGUCACACAUUGGGGCUGAUUGGAUGCAGGAGAAGAUAUGGAGUAUGAUCAUACCAGAUAUCAGCGGUGGUGUUGACAUUGGUAUAGGAACAGUGCACUACGUCCUUGACGGGUACAUGUUGUGGUUUUCAUUUAUGAAAUUAAAGUAAACCAUUACUGUUUAUAAUCUCAGAAUAACGUUUAACUUAAUCAUCAUUAGUCAAAGAACCUGCUACAGACAUUUUGUGCUUUGUGCUUUGGUGGCAAAGUACCAAGAAUGAGUUUGGGUCUAAUAUUUUGUCAUAGUCUCCGAAGAUGUUCUAUCAUUUAAAACAGUGCUAUUGACACACUGCACAACAUUUACAUUUUUCUGUCUCCAUCAUCCUUCUCUCUAGAAUCUCAGUGUCUGGGUGUGAUGUUCCAGAGCCUUCAGUGGAGUUCUAUGAGGGCGUGGGACUCAAGACUGGGAUCAGUGGCUUCAGCAUUUCAAUGAAGGGCAAUUGGCACACACGUUUUGGCAUCAUGUGAGUGACAGUGAUCAGUUUCUGUUGUCUGAUUGGUGCCUGUUUUUCUAUUUUCCCAUUUUUGUAAACGUUCCAUGCUAUUGGAUUAUGAGGCUCAGGUACAGUAUUGAUGUCUGUCUCCUGAAAAGGGAGAAUCUUUGUUAAAUGUACUGGUAACACAACUACUGGUAACACAACUACUGGUAACACAAGGUAACACAACUACUGGUAACAAAACUACUGAUGACAGUAUAAGAGGAACUGAUACACUAACUCUGUACAGAGAAGAACCUUCGAGGUUAAACAUAUUCUAUCUGGGACCAGUCAGAUAAGAAUGAAUAGUUCUCUCAACGGCUCUUCCUGUUUUCACAUCAGAAUCUUUGAGCUUUGAGGCCUGCGCCUUUUGUAAUGAGUUCAAAACUAAUCGAAUUUCUAAUAAUAUGAUGUCUUGUCCCACUCCCUGUGUGUUUGCAGAAGCGAUGGUGGCUCAUUUGACCUGGCAGUGUUCAAUGUGGACGUGACCUCUGUGGUGCAGUUAGGGAGUGAUUACAGUGGACACAUUUCUAUCUCCAGUGAAAACUGUGAUGCCAGGAUAAGCAAAGCAUCAAUCACUUUCCAUGGAGGAGCCAGGUAUGUUUCAAAAAAUGUAUUUAGAGAGAGGGGGAGAGAGAAAGAGAUGUAUGAUCAUUAUAAUUUGGUAACCAUUUUGUUAACAGUUUUAUCUUCCAGCCAUUUGUGACCCUUUUCAAAGAUCAGAUGACUGCUCUAAUUGAGGAAAAAGUGAGUAAAUCGAUUCACCUCAUGAUUUGUAUUCCUUAUAUCAGUAAAUGUUCAAAUUAUGUGUUUUCUUUUCAAACUGACUGCAUGACCAUAUGCUGUAUAUCACUGCACCCAGAUCUGCCCAAUGGUUGAAGAGCAUGUUACAGAUUUGGAUCAACAUCUAGCAGAAAUGCAAGGUAUUGCAGUAGGGAGGACAAAGAAAAAAAAUAGGCUACACAAAUAUUCUUCCUACCAGUAUUGUGGUGCUCAUGGGAUUUUUUUUUUCACUACAGUGUCCUUCAAGGUCAAUUCUGCUCUGGUUUUGGACAUCCCCCUCACUAACCCACCCCUCGUUGAAUCUAUUGGCCUUGGUCUGGAUUUGAAGGUAGCUUUACCUGAUGUGAAUAGACACAACAUAACCCAAUAUUAUUGUGUUUCAUGAAGAAGAAAGGGUGGGGACUGGGGGUAUCAUACUUUGAACUCAGGAUCCUUGCUCAGAGUUACUGAUUUCUGUGUUCCAGGGUGAGUUCUACAGUGUUCAGAGUCACACAGAUCCUCCUUUUAAGGCCGAGCAUUUUGAUCUGCCAAAGGAUGAUGGCCACAUGCUCUCCCUGGGCCUGUCUGAAUUCACUGUCAACUCUGCCUCCUACGGUUACUUCUCCGCUGGACUCCUGCAGGCCAAAAUUAACGACAGCAUGGUGUGUGUUUAGGCAUGUGUGUGUGUGUGGUGUGUGUGUGUUUUUGGUUUUACUAUCCUUGUGGGGACCAGAAGUCCUCACAAGGAUAGUAAAACAAGGAAAAGGUUUAGGAGUUAGGUUUAGGGUUAGGGUUAGGGUUACAAUUAGGGUUAGGUUUAGAAUUAGGGUUAGGGUUAGGGUUAGGGUUAGGUUAAGGGUUAGGGGUUAGGGAAAAUAGGAUCUUUCAUGGGAAUCAAUUGUUUGGUCCCCACAAGGAUAGUAAAACAAAUAUGUGUGUGUGUGUGUGUUCAUGCCUCUGUCUGUCUGUCUGUCUGUUUUUCUGUCAACUACAGUCAUUUCACUCCUUUUAAUCUAAGUAUGCAAACUGUUGAGUUACCUCCGUAGUUAAUAACCCUUCUCCUUACUUCCUCUAUUAAUCUCAGAUCCCCAAGACUUCUCCUUUCCGCCUCAACACAACCUCCUUCGGGCCUCUCAUCCCUCAGGUAACACCGAGAAAAUCCUUGGCCGUAGCCAACAGGAACAUACAUUCAGUGGCCAUUUAGUACCGGGUCAGACCCCCCUUUGCCUCCAGAACAGCCUGAAUUCUUUGGGGAAUGGAUUCUACAAGGUGUCAGAAACAUUCCACAGGGAUGUUGGUCCAUGCUGACGCAAUGGCAUCACACAGUUGCUGCAGAUUGGACGGCAAUACAUUCCUGCUACAAACAUCCCAUUCCAUCUCAUCCCAAAGAUGCUUUAUUGGGUUUGGCGAGCAACAAUGUUCAGAUACGCUGUGGUGUUCAAUCGUUGCUCAGUUGGUAUCAAGGGACCUAACGUGUGCCAGAAAAACAUUCCCCACACCAGUAACUACCGUCACCAGCCUGUACUGUUGACACCAGGCAGGAUGGGUCAAUGGACUCAUGCUACUUAUGCCAAAUCCUGACUCUGCCAUCAGCAUGACGCAACAGGAACCGGGAUUUGUCGGACCAGGCAAUGUUUUUCCACUCUUCAACUGUCCAGUGUCGGUGAUCGCGUGCCCACUGGAGCCGCUUCUUCUUGUUUUUAGCUGAUAGGAGUGGAACCCUGUGUGGUCAUAAGGCGGCAGGUAGCUUAGUGGUUAAGAGCGUUGUGCCAUUAACCGAAAGGUCGCUGGUUCUAAUCCCUGAGCCGACUAGGUGAAAUAUCUGUCGAUGUGCCCUUGAGCAAGGCACCUAACCCUAAUUGCUCCAGUAAGUCGCUCUGGAUAAGAGUGUCUGCUAAAUGACUAAAAUGUAAAUGUAAAUGUCAUCUGAUUCAAUAUCCCAUCCGUGACAAGGAUCGACGAAUUGUGCGUUCCGAGAUGCCGCUCUGCACACCACUGUUGAAUUGCACCGUUAUUUGUCUGUUUGUGGCCCACCUGUUAGCUUGCACGAUUCUUGCCAUUCUCCUUCGACCUCUCUCAUCAAUGAGCUGUUUUCACCCACAGGACUGCCGCUAACUGGAUGGUUUUUGUUUGUCGCACUGUCGUGCAUUAAAAAAGUUUCUAAAAUACUGGAUCUGACACGCCUGGCACCGACGAUCAUAGCACGCUCAAAGUCGCUUAGGUCACUAGUUUUGCCCAUUCUAAAGUUCAAUCGAACAGUAACUGAAUGCCUCAAUGCCUGUCUGCCUGCUUUAUAUAGCAAGCCACGGCCACGUGAAUCACUGUCUGUAGGAGCUAUCCAUUUUCGUGAACCUAAUAAACUGGCCACUGAGUGUGCAUGGACUGUGUAGUUUGGGACGCAGUGCCCUUGAACAAAAGCUUUCUAAAUGCACCAUUUAAUUCCCCCCAGCUUCCCAAGCUCUUCCCCAACAUGCUGAUGGAACUGCAGGUGUAUGCCAGGGACGUUCCAAUGUUUUCCUUCCAGGCUGAUAAGGUGACACAGGAAUUUCCAGGUGCCAUUAAGGCCUUUGCCAUCCAGCCAAAUGCUUCACGGACUCCACUGUUCAAUCUCAAUGUUGUGAGUUUGCUUUUUUGGUUCAGGGUUCAUGUAAAUCCUUUUCAGUUAAAUGUGAUUAUGUACUUUCAGAACGCAUUCUGUGCAGUGGACUAAUCUUCCAUUAAUUCCAAUACAUUUUUCUUCUCUUCCAGGACUCAAUUUUUCGUGGGAUGAUACGCAUUUCAGAAGAGAAACUCCAAGGCUUGAUGAAACUAAACAAGUAAGAUGAGUUUCAGUUCCACUUGAAUUAAAUAAAUACAUUUGAUUUGUACAUUAAUUGAGUAAUACAACUCUCCAUUUGCUAGUUUUACCCUGACACUGGCAUCAAGUGAAGUGGGAACAUUCCAGGUAUGAUGCAAAGACACUGCAUUACAUUUAUAAUGAUGUGGUGCACUGCUUAACCUCAGUACACUGUGGGCCAGUUUCUCCAUUAGGCCUGCUUGUUAGUCCAGGACUAAGCUUAAUCUGUAUCCGGGAAACCGGCCCUGUAUGGCUAAAUAAAGAGAUACCAAAUGUUGACAACGAUCACUAUUUUGCAGACUGCAGCCCUGGAAAAAAUUGUGAAAAUGGGGGUGGAGGUUUCAGUGUUAGCUAAACUGAACGGUAAGUUCUGAAAUGUAUGCAGGAAAAAGAGCACACAAUCCUAGAGUAGUACUACAGUAGGCCUAUUCAUAUUCAAAUUGACCAUAUACACAUUGUCAAACCACACUUCAUCAUGACAUUUCCUUAACCUACAAAACCAUUGUGUGUAAGCCUAAUGACUGGCCUGCUGAAAUAGUUACCCUAAACUACUGCCGUUUGUUUGUUGCAGCCAAACUGGAGGAGGGCAUUGCUUUACCCACCAUGCACCACAUCCAUCUGGUUAACCCUGUGCUGAAGAUCCAGCAGGUCUGAUACCAUCUAUUAUUUUAAUGUGUUACUUGUAUUUAUUUUUUUGCUUUAGUUUAUUUAGUAAAUAUUUUCUUAACUCUUUUUUUUUCUUAAAACUGCAUUGUUGGCUUGUAAGUACGCAUUUCACGGUAAAGUCUGCACCUGUUGUAUUCGGCGCAUGUGACAAAUAAAAUUUGAUUUGAUCUAUUAGUGUAGCUUUUAAACCAGCCUCAAUUAGUGUAGGCUGGGAAAUCUGUAAAUAUAUUUAAUUUGCCAGUUGUGGCUACUUUAUUUUGAGUAUGUGAGUGUGUGUCAAAUCAAAUCAAAUGUUAUUUGUCACAUGGGCUGAAUACAACUUGUGUAGACUUUACCGUAAAAUGCUUGCUUACGAGCCCUUCCCAACGAUGCAGAGUUUAAAAAUAAUAAUACAAAUAAAAUAGUAACACAAGAGGAAUAAAAUAAAAUACACAAGAAUGGAGCUAUUACAGAGAGUACCACUACCAGAUCAAUGUGCAGAGGUGCGAGGUAUUUGAGGUAGAUAUGUACAUGAAGGCAUGGUAAAAUGACUAGGCAUCAGGAUAGAUAAUAAUAAGAGUAAAAUAAAGAACAGAGUAGCAGCAGCAAAUUAUGAGUGUAAAAGUGUGUGUGUAUGUCUGUGUAAUGUGUAUGUAUGUGUGUGUGUUAUGUGUGUGUGUGUGAAUGUGUGUGGGUUUUGUGUGGGAGUGUCAAUGUAGUGUGUGUGAGUGAGUGUAUAUACAGUAUAGUAUGUAUAUAUAGUCUAGUGAGUGUGCGUAGGGUCAGUGCAGAUAGGGUCAGUGCAGAUAGUUUGGGUACCAUUAAUGAACUAUUUAGCAGUGUGCAUGUGUAUCUUUACUUUCACCAAAGUGGUUCUGGCAGAUACUGGCAGUAUUUUGGGUUCAUUCAAAUGUUUCUUUCUCCCACAGGGAUUUGUGUCCAUUGCAUCAGACCUUGACGUUAAAUCUGCAGAGAGAGAGAGCAUUUCUGAAGGGAUUUACCCUUACCAACUCUAGGUGGUGCUGCUAAUAUCAUUCAUUACUAUCCCAGAAAAAAAUGAUACAUUACUAAUUUCUUAAUGUAGAACUGCAAGUAGCUACACAUUAACCACUGCCUAAUCCAUGGUUAAAUUUUAGCACUGAAAACACCAGCCGAUUCAUAUAGAUGUGUUAAGAUUUAGAAACAUAUUAUUCAAGAGAGAAUUUUCAGCUUUGCCUUGUUUUCAGUGAACCAAUUAUCAUAGGUAUCAGAUGAAAUGUACUGCUUCUACUGAAAUUUAAUUUGAGCAUUGCCCCAUUUUGGCAAUGGAUAACUCACUGAUUAAAGAAACAAGACCGCUUGUACUGUAACACCGCUAAAAACAACUGAUUGCAGCUCACAAUAAACCUGAUAAAGCUGUGUGAUGCAAUAAAAUGAAACACCACAUGAAUACACCAAUAAAUUGUUUUACAAAAAGUUUAUUUCUGUUUUCUUGAAAAGUGUUAGCUAUGGCUAUGGCAAGGUUAAAACAAGGCUACAGUAAACAUGUAGUCCCCCACACAGUGCUUAAUUUGAGCCGGAACAGGAUCCGGAACCUCUUAGAUUUGACUUUGUUCGUUCCAGCACCUAUUUACCCGGAUCCAGUACCUCUCGCGGCAUGAUUUAUUAAUUGUUUAAU